AUGGAAGGCAGCAUCUUAAAGCAAUCAAACUCACCCGCGCGCUACCCUCAAUUGAAUCCUUCAACGCCCGAUCAUGUAGGGCAUUCGACCAUCGCCUUCUCAUGCUCUUCUUCUGGUUCUGCUUCAGAUGAUCGGCGCUCACGAUGCCUGUUUAAAUUAGAUUGGUCACUUUCAAGCCGGGAUUGGUUAAUGAAUCGAAAGCGACAGCGUGACGACGGGCCUUCGCAAGCCAACAUUGACCUUUUAGCGAAGAAGGCUACGACAAGAAGCGGAAUCGAACGUGAAGCCUGGGGGUCCUGGGAGUAUCCCCCCGAGUUCUACGAUAGACUCUCGAAGAUCAGCCUCAAUCGACGAGCUUUAAGGAACUCGACAGACGCACCCGUGCUCGGCGCUCUCAUCCCUUUCCUCCAGCCAGUCCCAGCACUGGUAUUCUCUCUUGCACCACACGCCCCCAAGACCUAG